UCAAAAAAAUUUCACACAUCAUAUUAAUUUUAAAAAUAUAAUUAAAUAAUUACCGUAUAUUUUUUGGUACCCAAUAAUAAUUAACCCAAAAAAAAAAUGAAACCCGGAUUCACUAAAGUCGAGCUAAACAAAAGUGUUUGGGAAGUACCCGAAAAAUACCAGAGCCUUGAACCAGUAGGUUCGGGUGCCUAUGGCCAGGUUUGCGCUGCCAUCGACAGCCAACGACAAAUCAAAGUGGCCAUCAAAAAGUUGAACCGACCGUUUCAAUCGGCAAUACACGCCAAACGUACUUACCGUGAACUACGGCUAUUGAAGCACAUGAACCACGAAAACGUGAUCGGACUAUUGGAUGUGUUCAGUCCCAGCCAAUCGCUCGAUGUUUUCCAGGAGCUAUAUCUGGUCAACCAUUUGAUGGGCGCCGACCUGAAUCGGAUAAUUAAAACCCAACGUCUCAGCGACGACCAUGUCCAGUUUCUGGUCUAUCAAAUACUACGUGGCCUCAAGUAUAUACAUUCGGCGGGAAUUAUACAUCGAGACCUAAAACCAAGCAAUAUAGCUGUCAACGAGGACUGCGAGCUCAAGAUACUGGACUUUGGUCUGGCCAGACAGUCCGAAGCCGAAAUGACCGGCUAUGUGGCCACUCGUUGGUAUAGAGCACCGGAAAUUAUGCUCAAUUGGAUGCAUUAUAACUUAACCGUGGACAUUUGGUCAGUUGGCUGCAUAAUGGCUGAAUUGAUAACAUCGAAGACACUGUUUCCGGGAACUGACCACAUUGACCAAUUGCUUCGCAUUAUGAAUCUGUGCGGUACUCCCGAUGAAGAGUUUAUGAAAAAGAUCAGUUCAGAAGAGGCUAGAAAUUACAUCAGAAGUUUGCCGACAAUGAAGAAAAAAAGUUUCAACGAUGUCUUCAGUGGUUCCAAUCCACACGCCAUUGAUUUAUUACAGAAAAUGCUUGAACUGGACGCCGAUAAGCGGCCAACUGCUGAACAGGCAUUAGCUCAUCCAUAUCUUCAGCAAUACUAUGAUCCCACCGAUGAGCCCAUUGCAGAUCGUUAUGACGAGUCGUUUGAAGAAAAAGAGCUUUCGGUUAAUGAAUGGAAAAAAUUGGUUUACGACGAGAUGAUGUCAUUUACGGGACCGCAAUGUACUUAAAAAAAUCAAACAAACAAACAAAAAAUUCAUGCAAUUUAUUACAACAACAAAAAUUUUAAAAAGAUUUUAUCGAAACGUUUUAUUGUUAUUAUUAUUAUUAUUAUAAUUAAUAUUUGCUUUUUAAUUAACUUACAAACAAAUCAUAUGUUUUUUUUUAUUA